AUGGCCCAAAACAGCCCGGCAAAUAACCUUUCUUCAAUCCCCGAGACCAUCGACGCAUUCGCACGCGGCGAAUUCAUCAUCGUCCUCGACAACCCUACCCGCGAAAACGAAGGCGACCUCAUAAUCGCAGCCGAGGACCUCACCCCCAGCAAGAUGGCCUUCAUGAUCCGCCACACCUCCGGCUACAUCUGCGCGCCCAUCCCCGAGUCCCGUGCCGACGCACUCGGCCUGCCCCAGAUGGUCACCGUGAACGCUGACCCAACCCGCUGUGCAUACAGCAUCACCAUCGACGGCAACGAUCCAGCCAUCGGCACGGGGAUCUCCGCGGCCGAUCGGGCCCGCACUUGCCAGAUGCUGGCCGACCCUGCGACCACGGCGGCGAGCUUUAGGCGCCCGGGUCAUAUUCUCCCGUUGCGGGCUCGGGAUCUUGGUGUCCGGGUUAGGUAUGGGCAUACGGAGGCUGCUAUCGAGUUCUGCCGGUUGGCGGGCAAGAGGUUGGCGGCUGUGCUCUGCGAGAUGGUGUUGGAUGGUGAGGAAGAUCAGAUGGGCAAAACUGAGCGAGUCGGUGCUGGUAUGAUGCGUCGGGAUGAUUGCCUUGCUUUCGGGAAGAAAUGGGGCGUUAAGGUUUGCGCUAUUUCGGACUUGGUUGCGUAUGUCGAGAAGAAUGAAGGUCGGCUGUCUGUUCCAGGUGCAGAGUAUUGA